AUGAUGCACAAAUACAACACCAGAUCGACCACGAAGGCGAAACAUGAAUCGACUCCCAAAGUCGUAGCCAGUGUCAAGAACCAAAAGAAGCGAAGGCAGAACGGUGAUGACAAGGAUGGAGCACAGGCCCAGCUUGACCUACCAACAACGAAGAAGGCUCGCGUGUUCCAUGGUUUGGAGCCCAAUUCCGCGGAUAGUCAAAAUCAGGUUGUCGAUACCGUGGGUCCCAAAGCAUCACAUGCUGCCACGGUCGUGCAGAAGACCGAGAUUGAUGCAGCCAAGUCACUGGACAAGAUUGACUUGCUGCAUCCCACACAAGACGGCGAGGCAAGUUCGCAGCCCGUCAAGCAAGGCGAUGAGCCUCCUGCCACAGCUACCAAGAAGCAAAAGAAAGGCUCGCACAAAGGAUUCACCCCAGAUGAAUCGCCCUUCCCGGAAUGGGAGGGCCCGGCCAACAGUGCUUGUCAGGAGGUGUUCCGACUUCUCGACAAGCAUCAUGAGGGCGAAGUCAAACACAAACAGCCCGAGAGAAUCCCUGCCCCUUCCCUCGACGUAGCUGGAUGUGGUGAGGUAGAGUCGGUCCUCGACGCCCUCUUGCGAACCUAUCUCAGCGGUGCUACCACCAUGAAGAAUGCCAACCAAGCAAUCCAAGGUCUCUACCAGAAGUUCGGCAAGGUCACAGAGGGGCUUGGAAAAGGUAGCAUCGACUGGAACGAGGUGCGUCUUGCUUCUCAUGCCGAUCUGAUGGGCGCCAUCCAAUCGGCCGGCCUUGGCAAGAUCAAGAGCGGCCACAUCAAAGAGAUUCUUGAUCUUGUGCAGCAGGAGAAUCUCACUCGGGUAGAGGAGCUUCUUGGCGAGAGGUUGAACGGGAUCAAGCCAGACAUCCCGGGUGCAGCCACGGAACCCCCGGCCGAGAAGGACAAGGAAAUCAAACGGAUCGAGCACUCCGUUCUCUCUCUCGAGCACCUCCGUUCCAUGACUAAGAACGAGGCUAUCACGGAGAUGGUCAAGUUCAAGGGCAUUGGCGUCAAGACAGCGGCUUGCGUGACUCUCUUUUGUCUCCGAAUGCCAUGCUUUGCCGUGGAUACUCAUGUCCACCGCUUCUGCAAGUGGUUGGGUUGGGUGCCACCCAAAGCCACAGAGAUCCAGACCUUCAACCACUGCGAGCUACACGUGCCUGAGGAUAUCAAGUACGCCCUGCACCAGCUCUUCAUCAUCCACGGGCAGGAGUGUCACCGGUGCAAGGCCAAUACGCUAAGCGGCACCAAGGAAUGGAACGAAUGUGUUUGCCCUUUGGAACACCUCCUAGAACGAGGCAAGCCUCAGAGCGUCAAGGUCAAGGUCGAGGCCGGUAUGGCGCCCAUAACCACCUUUUUCCCCCUCAAGGAUAGGACUGCCUCCGGAUCCGAGGAGCAGCCUCAGACAGAGGCGGGCGACGACCAAGCCUCGUCUGACGCGACCUCGUCGACACAGGGUCCGAGUGAUUAG